AAAAAAUAUUGUUUUUUUUUUUUAAAUAAUAAUUAUUUAUUAAUUCAUGUACCUAUUGCAGCUUUUCAUUAAUUUAUAUACAUAUUAUUAUCCCAUUAAAACAAACUAUAUAAUCAAAUCCAUAACAAUGAUACAACUCAUCCAUCACAAGCACACACACAUCCAUGUUUCCAGGCCUCAAAAAUUCGAUUAAAAAAAAUGUGUUUUUUCGAAUAGGGGAAUCCGGAGGAGGCACCAGCGAACUUAGACGCCAAAGUUUGCGGCUCAAAUCCAGUCCAUAUUCCAGUCCGGCUCAUGCCAUGCUGCCCUUUGACCGCCUCAAAAAGGAAGAUGAAGAAUUUGACCCCGGUUUGGGGGGUAGUAGUGCAGGUGAUAUAAAUGAAGACGACCCAAACGACGAUGACGACGAUGAUGAUCAGCCUUGUGAUUUGCGCCUUAGCACUUCGGCGGUACAAAAGAUCAAAGAACUGGUGUCCAUUGCCCAACAGCAUCAGCAGCAACAACAACAACAACAUGCCACUCAAUCGUCGCUUCUCUCAUCAGCAGCAGCCAUUGAAUCCUUGCAGUCUCCGUCAAUAGGUGCUUUGACAGCACAAAAUUCUGCCUCAGCUGGAGCCGGAGGGUCAACCUAUGUAGCGGGAAUAGCAGGUUCCAUUGGAGCCACGUCGAAUUUGCCGCCAAUAACUGUGGCUGCGGCUGCCGCUGCUGCUGCUGCAGCAGCUCAUCUCUCGCCAGCGCUACUAGGAUAUACUAAUAUCAAACGUAGUGGUUCCUUUAGCAGCGCCACGGCAUCUGGCAGUGCCGCCGUGGGUGGUAGUAGUGUUGCCGCAACGGCAACUUCCCUUAGCGGGCCCUCAAACAGUGGUGGUGUAGGUGGCGGAUUGGUAACUAGCCCGUUUAGCGGUGGUAGUAGUAGUGCAUUAACCCCAGGCACCUCGAGUUCGGCUCUAGGCAGCAAUGUUGGAGCUGCAGGUUCCGGCGGCGGUGGUGGUGGUAGCGGCGGAACCGGAAGCAACAGCGGUGGCUGGGGAGGUGCUUAUACAUGUGAUCGCUGUGGCAACUCAUACGCCCGUCCGCACAGUCUAAACAGGCAUGUCCGUUUCGAAUGUGGCGUGGAGCCGAAAUUCGAGUGCCCCAUUUGUCACAAGAAAUCCAAACAUAAACAUAAUCUAGUUCUACACAUGCGAACGCAUCAAAAUCGAUGAUACAAUCGAUGCACAUCGAUAACAAUAAUUAUUUUACAAUGUUGUAUAUCGAAACUAUUUUUUUUUUUUCGUUUUUUAUUUUACUUUUUUUUUUUGUUGAUAAAAAAAAAUAUAUUUUUUCCGAUGAUCUUAAAUGUUUUUGCUUUUUUCUUUUUUUCAAUAUAACACACUAUACUACACAAUUUUAAUAAUAAUUUUUAUUAUUUUUUUCUUGAAAUUAAAAUUAAAAAA